CGCGCACAUACAACAAGCAGAUAGACACGAGACACCUCUGCCGUUGAGAGUUUGAGUUGUCCUGCCAUUUCUCAUUUUGUACGUGCAAAUUCGGCAGAUGAAUAUGGACUUCGUCGGAGACGCCGACGGUUUCGCUCUCGACUUCAUCCGCGACCUCCUGCUCGGCGGCGACGGCCGCGGCGCCCCCGUGGCCAGCCCUGUAGUUUCCGACGACGUCACCUUCCCCGUCCUGCAACCUCAACCGGAACUCCAGCCUAUGUCGUCGUCGUUCUUUCCGCCGCCGCAGCAGCAUCCGGGGUACAUAGACCUGAUGCACGAGUACAUGGGCUCAGUUCCGGCUGCCCCUGCUGUAGGCGAGGCGGCGUUCCGGGCACAGGAGCCGCCGCCACCGGUGAUGAUAAAGUUCGGGAGCGAGCCGCCGUCCCCCGUCAGGCCGCCGCUGAUCAUCUCCGUGCCCCCGAGCUCGUACGCGUGGGCGGGAACGGCGUCCGCGGCGGCGCCUGCCGCGGCCGUCGAGGACUACCGCAAGUACCGCGGCGUGCGGCAGCGCCCCUGGGGCAAGUACGCGGCGGAGAUCCGCGACCCGAAGCGCCGGGGCUCGCGCGUGUGGCUCGGCACCUACGACACGCCCGUCGACGCCGCGCGCGCCUACGACCGCGCCGCGUUCCGGAUGCGCGGCGCCAAGGCUAUCCUUAACUUCCCCAACGAGGUCGGCACCCGCGGCGCCGACCUCUGGGCGCCGCCCUCACCGCCCGCUCCGGUGAAGCAGGCCGCCACCACGGCGAACAAGCGGAAGCGGCAGCAGCCGGAGGACACCGACGAUGACGUCGAGGUGGUCGCGGUGGUGAACAAGGCGGUGAAGCUCGAGGUGUCGUCCACGUCGCCGUCUUCCAUGUCGACGCGCGAGACCACCGCCUCAUCGACGGUGACGUCGACUACGACAGAGACGGGCGCAGGUGUUCAGGGGCUCCCCGUGACGCCGUCGAGCGGGAGCUGGGAGCAGUACUGGGAGGCGUUGCUCGGAGGCCUGCCGCCGCUCUUGCCGCUGUCACCGCACCCGACGUUGGGAUUUCCGCAGCUCAUCGUUAAUUAACGGGCAAGACUGGUAGUGCUGCCACUGAAAAUUGACGUCAUGUGCGCGUGUUGAUAUAGGAAUCGCAUAGUUGCAAGGGGUGAGACCACAAAUUAUAAGUAGAAAUAGUUUUUGAUGAAAAUAAGUAGAUACAGUUCACAUCCAAGUAGGAGUAGCUCGCUUUGUAAAUUCACUGGAAUAAUAUAAAAAAGAA